AAACCCACACAGUCACAAAGAGAAUGUGCAAACUCCACACAGACAGCAUGCAAGGUCAUGACUGUGCCCGAGCUCUUUGGUUCUGUGAGGCAGCGGCUCUACCAGUGCACACUGUCUUCCUGGCAGUGCAGGUGGGGCCUCAGUUUGAUGUUUCGUCAGAAGUGGUACCUCUGACUGUGCAGCCCUAACCUCAGUAAUGCACUGGGAGCGUCAGCCUGGACCACAUGGUUAAACCUCUGGUGUGGAACCUUAGUCCGUGACCUAUAGAUUCAAAAGCAAGGGAACUACCCACCGGGUCACAGGUCAGAUUAGCAUAGGAUGAGUCCUCACCUGGGCAGGUCCAGCAUGGCCCAGGACGAGUCCUCACCUGGACAGGUCCAGCUUGGCCCAGGACGAGUCCUCACCUGGACAGGUCCAGCAUGGCCCAGGACGAGUCCUCACCUGGACAGGUCCAGCAUGGCCCAGGACGAGUCCUCACCUGGACAGGUCCAGCAUGGCCCAGGACGAGUCCUCACCUGGACAGGUCCAGCAUGGCCCAGGACGAGUCCUCACCUGGACAGGUCCAGCAUGGCCCAGGACGAGUCCUCACCUGGACAGGUCCAGCAUGGCCCAGGACGAGUCCUCACCUGGACAGGUCCAGCAUGGCCCAGGACGAGUCCUCACCUGGACAGGUCCAGCAUGGCCCAGGACGAGUCCUCACCUGGACAGGUCCAGCAUGGCCCAGGACGAGUCCUCACCUGGACAGGUCCAGCAUGGCCCAGGACGAGUCCUCACCUGGACAGGUCCAGCUUGGCCCAGGACGAGUCCUCACCUGGACAGGUCCAGCUUGGCAAUACAGCUCUAACAAAAAAAGGAACAAAAGCAGAUGUGCUGGAGGAACUCAGCCAGGCAGGCGUCAUCUGUGGAGGGAAACCAGUUAAUGUUUCAGGACAGGGAGCCUUCCUCAGUCCUGGGACAAGAGUGCAGGGAGUCACUUCUCUUCUCUUCACACAGAUGCUGUUGACUGGCUGAGUUUUUUGGGCAUUUCUGAUUUAAUUUCAUCUGCAGUUUCAUUUCUUUUCCAACAAUAAAAGUCACAUCUACC